GGUAACAGAGUCAGAAAACUUUCCAACUAAACACCGAUAAGACUUCAUACAACUCACAAUACUCUAUAUUGUAAUCAUCACAACAGCCAAGGCUAUCCAAAAGAAGAGAGUGACUGAGCUCACAUUUGACUGUCAGCUUUUUACCUUUCUCUUCACCAUUUAAAACUUGAGACUUCCUGUUUUCCUGGGGUCAUGGAGAAAGUCCAAUACCUCACUCGCUCUGCUAUAAGAAGAGCUUCAACCAUUGAAAUGCCUCAACAAGCACGUCAAAAUCUCCAGAACCUAUUUAUAAAUUUCUGUCUCAUUUUAAUAUGUCUCUUGUUGAUCUGCAUCAUUGUGAUGCUUCUCUGAAGUUCUGCUGCAAUCUCCAGUGAUGCAACUUGUGACCAUCAGCUUAAAAUCUGCCAUCCCAUGAAGAAGGGAAAAAAAUACUACAUAACAGACCACUUCCUAAGUAGAAGAAUUUCUUUGUGAAAAGGUCAAGAUUCAGGACAAAACUAAUUGUUAGCAAAUAUAUUCAUCUGCGGGAUCUUGUAAACAUGAAAAGAGCUUUAUUUUCAAAAAUUAACUUCAAAAUGACUGUAAGUGUGCAUAAUGUAACUUGAAUUCAGAAACUUACAGAGCUUGUAAGUUUCUAUCCCAAAUCUUUUCUGAGGAUAAUGUAGGCUUUAGUUUUGAAACUGCACUGCUAACCAGUUCACUUCACGUAUAAAGCAUUAGCUUCACUAUUUGGGGUAAAUAUAAUUUACAUUGUACUGUAAAAGCCUCCGUGAUGUUUAUUAAAUAUUUUUCAGGUCUUCACCAAGUACCAAUAUAAUCAUUCAAAUGAACAGUCAUCAUUUGAAAUAGCCUACUGAUUCCUCACAUCUGUUAUCUUUAUUAUUAUCAUUCAGAACUCUUUGUAGUAACUCACAUAACCUACAUUUUAAAAUAGAAAUUGUAUUCUUUCUCUGUACUACACUAACAUUUUUUUAAAGUUUAAGAGAACCAAAUAAGAAAAAGUAAGGCCAUACUCUUAUAUAAAUAAAAUUUCUCUUAACUAAUUUUUUCAAAGAAUUACAGAAUGCUAGUAUAUGAAGGCAAACCAUAAAUGUGUUCUCUGUAGUACAUUAUGAUCAAUAGACAAGAACUACUGGUUAAUUUAACAGGUGACAAUAUGAUUAGCCAUAAUUACUAAUACACUAGUAGAACAGAGUCUACCCUAACUUAAAGCGCUGUAGUUGAUCAUCUAAGUAGAUAACCUACCACACUAUGUCUUUGAAAUCAUGAAAUCUUAAGACUUUAGAAUGAUUUUAUAGAUUGUCAUCUAUUCUUAACCUCAUCCUCAAUAUAGGCAAGGAGAAGAAUUUCAAAAAUAAUAAAAAGAAAAUAUGCCCUUUCAAGCAUUAAAAAAAAAUAAAAUUGGGGGCUCCCCAAAAUUAAUUCUUUGAUCACAUUUUGACAGGAACUUUUUAUCCUACGGUUUAUAAGAGGACAUAGCUAUUUUCCUUAAUCUGUCAACCAAAUGGUCAAUACCUACUUGGUAGGCCAUUCUAUCAUGCUAAAUUAUAAACCCAGCAAAGUUAAUCUACAAUUAUUUUCUUGCUGAAUAUAUUUUCAAUUUCCCCUCUGAUCACUUAAAAAUAUCUUCCAACUCAUAACAGAAGUAAAACUUGGUACUGGAAAAUACAUUCACCAAAAUUUGUUAAUUUAACUUGAUUCAGUUUAGAAUUAGGCCUAAAGUGGUUUAUACCUGUACUGCAGAGUCCAAUAAUUUUAACUUCAAUUCAAGACAUAUUACUAAUACAGCAGUUACUAAAAGAGUAGAGGACACAUAAUUUACUGUAUGAUUUGCUAAAAUGUGGUUACUAAAAGAAUUUGAAAAGUCAGUACUGAUCUUGGUUUAUAGCACAAGUGUGGCUAACAGAUUAGUAAAGGAGACACUGCUUUUAAUUUUUUCUGGGUACCUGACAGGUACCGGAGAUGGGGAAGGGGAUAGUUUUGAUUCACUGAUAUUUGAGGAACAGAGGAAAAAGGAUUUCAUACUGACAGGGAGAUUUCAGCAAAGCCUCAUCUAUGGGUUGGAGAUCCCUAAUAUCAACUAGAAAGCUUAUAAAUAAUAAGCAAUACAUUCACAUCACUGGUCUCAGUAAUUACUUGUGAAAAAGUACCAAGUUCUAUAAUUAGCUGCACUGAUGUUAAUAAGUGGGAAACUUGAAAUGCUAAAUUCCGUUCCUUUCAUUGUGUUGUUCAUUAUUACAAUAUAGACAUCAAACUAUAAAAUGUGAAGUUAUGGGGUAUUUCCCUAAGUAAAUAGAAAUAAGUUUUUUGUUUUUUCAUGCUGACUUUAAUAGAAAUUAAAACCUUUUUCUUGAGGAUUACAGAAUACUGAAACUCAUUAUAAUGUAGAACAAAAACCUAUUCUUUAAAUGGAAUUUAUUUAUUCUGUUUAUCAUGAUAUGUAAACAGUAAGAUAUAAUAAAACAAUGUAUUUAAAAUUUUUAAAUACCAAAUGUUCUUUCUACUGUAGAAUAAAUUUUAAUCUUAAUUUACAGAGUACUAAAAAUGAACUAAUUUUUAAAUGUUUAAUGUUGCCCUUUAUAUUUUAGUUGGUUCAAAAUGUUUAUUUAAUGUAAAUCACCUAUAUUAAAAAGAACCUUCUUGAACUCAGUGAAAUCGCUCUUUAAUACAACUCAUGAUUGAUACGGCCAUAAAACAAUUUAUAAGCA